GAAAUUCAAAAUCCAAACGUCUCUUUUUUCUUUACAGAAUAUAGACUAUAGUAUAGCCCAAAAACUUUAACAUUAACGAAGCUUUCCUCUCUGUUCUCAAUUUCUCAAUUUUCUUCAAUUCAAACAACAAACACCCACUGAUCUUCAUUGUCUUCUGAUCCAAUGGGUGUUUCUGGAAAAUGGCUGAAAUCCCUUAUUGCUUCCAAGAAGUCUUCUGCAGAUGAAGACCAAGGUUUUCAGGAGAAGGGAAAGAAGAAAUGGAAGCUAUGGAGGAGCGCAUCGGAAGGUUUUGGAUCGUCUGUCAAAACGGGUAUGAAAAGGACCAACAUGACGACAUUCGAGGCGUCUGUUGAGUCCUUGGUUUCUGAUGAUGCAUUCGCUGCUGCCAUGGCUGCUGUAGUCCGAGCUCAGCCAAAAGAUUUUAAGGUUGUCAAACGAGAAUGGGCUGCUAUUCGGAUCCAGGCAUUUUUCCGGGGCUUUCUGGCAAGGCAAGCUUUAAGGGCCUUGAGAGCAGUGGUAAGGAUUCAAGCAAUAUUUCGUGGAAGACAAGUGAGAAAGCAAGCUGCUGUUACUCUAAGGUGCAUGCAGGCACUUGUUAGAGUUCAAGCUCGAGUUAGAGCACGUUCUGCAAAAAUGUCACCAGAAGGGCAGGCUGUGGAGAAGUUACUUGAUGAAAAUAGUUUCGAAACGGAUCCCAUCAAGCACGCCGAGCAAGGAUGGUGUGAUAGUCCUGGAACUGUGAGUGAAGUUAAAGCAAAGCUUCAUAUGAGGCAGAAUGGAGCCAUCAAAAGAGAGAGAGUAAUUGCCUACUCCCUCUCUCAACAGAAACUUAGGCCUAAUGCUAGCCCAUAUGCAAGGACAAAACAGCCAUCUAAGUCAGUUAAGCAUGAGAAACUGGUUAACAAUUCAGAUUGUAGCUGGUUAGAUCGUUGGAUGGCAACCAAGCCAUGGGAAAACAGGCUAAUGGAAGACAUGCCACCUGAAAUGAGUCCCUUUACUAGGAAAGUUGAAGAAUUUCCAUACUCUUCUUCCUCUGGACAAGAUUCUGUGGAAGUGAGAAGGAAUAAUCUCACAACAAGGAUUACAGCUAAACCACCACCACCUUCAGAAAAUCAACUAAAUCACUUGUCUUCUUCGCUGAGUUCUGAAUCUCACUAUGAUGAGACCUCAACAUCAACUUCCUCAAGAUCUGCCACUCCACCUUUGGUAUUUAGAAACCGCAAGGUGGGAAAUCUUGAGCAAAUCAGUACGCGAAAGCCCAGCUACAUGAAUUUCACGAAAUCAACCGAGGCAAAGUUGAGAGCUUGCAAGGCUUCAUCAUCUCCCAAUGCACAGAGGUACAAGAUGGAAGAGCUCCAGCUUCAGUUUAAUAACAUGUCAAUGGCAUUUUCUAAUGGGGACACAAGGAGUAGUGCUGGCUCCAUUCCUCCUUCGGGUAGUUUGAGCAAAGACUUGUUUCCUCCAAUGUCUAGGAGUAGAUAUUAUGAUGGUGUAAGAACUAGAAGACAGUAAAGAAGAGAUCAGCAGUUGCCAUUGCAAAGAAGGAAAAUGACAGACAGAGGAAACAAUAUCUCACUCUGAUAACAAAAACGACACUCAAACUAUUGUCCUUUUGAGCCCUGCUUCUUCCAUCAGUUUAUACUUGGCUAAAUUUGUGUAUCUGAUUUUUGAGUUCAACAGCUUGUUGUUUUGUCUUAGGUUAGUGAUGUUACUUGAUUCAUAUUAUAGGAUUACUACUAACUGAAAAAUGGUUUCAGAAUACAGACAGAUAUAUAUAUGAUAUAAAUAUUACAGUGUGUGAUGCUAGCUGUUCCAUGUCUGAAUUGAAAUCUCCAGUGAGAUUGUCAAUAAGUGUUUGUUUUGU